UACGUGUGGUUAAUGCAGACCAUGAUUCCUUGAUUAAUGCAGACAGGAUUCCUUGAAAAAGGAUUAUGAAAAAGGAUUGUUUGGUGUUUUACCAUCUUAACACCUGAUUUAUUGCCAGAAAGGGUAAAACAUAUUGUUAUAGCCUUCUAUACGUUGACUUAAACGUUGAUAAUUAAACCGCGGUGCAGAAAGCGGAUGACGUCGCCCUCCGGAUGGCACCGCGGGGAUUGCGCAAUCGCGGUGACGUCACCGAGACGUGGCCAAUCACAGCGCUGGCCUCGGGACGGCUAUCCCCGAGCGCCGCGGCCCAGUAGUUUUUUUUAAUAGAAACGCCGAAAUAAAUUAACAAAGCGAUCGCGAUGGUGCUCAGGCUGUUUACAGUCGCAGUCGCGCUCUCAUUCUUUGUGCUCGUCACGUCGGACGACUCGAAAAAAUCUGAAGACGCGCGAUGCAAGUGCAUCUGUCCCCAGUACAAGGCCUUUGCCGGAAAGGUCUACACCAACAAUGUGCCGCAGAAAGACUGUGACUGCCUGCAUGUGGUGAAACCCAUGCCAGUGCCGGGGAGCGAUGUGGAGGCAUACUGCCUGCGCUGCGAGUGCAAGUACGAGGAGCGCAGCACUGUCACCAUCAAGGUCACAAUCAUUAUCUACCUGACCAUUGUGGGCGCCCUGCUGGUCUACAUGGCCUUCCUCAUGCUGGUGGACCCGCUUAUCCGCAAGUCGGAUGCCCACGCGCCGGCGCUGCACGCCGAGACGGACACCGAGCAGGAACCGCGCUCGUUUGCGUACGACCGCAUGUCGGCGGGCUUGGGGUCGCGGGGUCGCGCCGGAACCGUGCUGGAGCGCGUGGAGGGAGCACAGGAGCGCUGGAAGCGGCAGGUGCAGGAGCAGCGGCGCACCGUCUUCGACCGACACAAUCUACUCAGCUAAGGUGGCGGCGGUGACGGUGGUGUCGACGGUGGCAGCGGUGACGAUGCCGGUGGCGGCAGCAGCAGCAAGCGGUUAAAACACAUGGCGAGCGAAGGUUGAUUGAGUACAUGCAGCUGACGCAGCAGCAGGAGAGUGAUACAUCUAAUAAUCGUAUAGACAGAAUCUGCCGAUGGCUGACUGCUUCUCUCUAUAAAAUAAAUGUUGACUGUUUCAGUACAGCAUCUUGAGACGCGCUUGUAUUAGGAUUCUAAUAUACAAUUUUAAUUAAAUCUAUUAAGAGUCUUCCCCUAAGCGUAGCCAGAUCUCACCUGGAAGAGAGGUUAUGAUAUACUGUGAAGGUCAAAGAGGUCCACCACUAUCUGGAUUUUUAGGUAUUCUCUUUUCGUAGGUAAUCUGUGAGUGCCACUACAAUGUCACGCAUGGUAACUUGCCCUCCUCUAUCCUCUGCACAUGUCCCACCCAUUCCUUACCAUGUCUACAUAUUCCUGUUAUAACUAUACCUCGUUCUAUUUGGGGACUAACAAGUAGCUUACCCUAACCUGCCAUAAAAAUCCCAGCAUUCUCCGCAUGCAGCUGCCGUCUCUUCAAACGCAAAAACCCGACUAGUUCUCCGUCUCAAAGAAUAACUAAUAUUACUCCUGCUUUAAUUACAUCCCUUGGUCAGUGGGAAAACUUGCACCCCAACGUCUGCUUAUUUAACACCGAUUUGUGCAGCCAGAGUUAUGCAGGGCACUUUUGAUAUCUCGUUCAGGAGAUUAAUCACUCUCGUCGGUUCACAAAUCCCAAAGCUUUGUACUCAAAAUGCGGAGCAACAUCACACUUCAAAGGAAUUGGCAACUUCAAAGCUGUAUUUCAACUUCAAAGCUCACGCCCUCGCCUAAAUGGCAUGGGGCCCCAUUAAUGCAGGUGUGCUGCCAUGUUGCCGUGCGCCCUGUGUGUGAUGUACUUUGCAGCAGUCUGCCGGGCAUCUUUAAUGUCUGCCAAAGGGGUUGAAGCGACUGGAGGGCACGAUUGGGGUUGGGGGGGGGGGCAAGUGUAGGAGCGAAUGGAUUUGUGCACCGCCACAGCCGCCAAACAUUUUCCUCCUCCCUUACAGCUUUGUCAUCCUUCCGGAGACAGUGGACUGGGCCCCAGCCAUGCAAAUGUGGAAUUCCUGCCGCCUCGCUCGGGUGCAUCCAUUAGAGAUGUACAGAGCUCCAUUUUACAGGGACUCCUCUACUUACAAACGAGUUAGGUUCCAGAUGUCUGUUCGUAAGUCAAUUUUUUCGUAAGUCCAACUUUACUCCUGUCGAUUCCAAACAUGUUGUACGGCAUGUACACUAAACACAGGAAAUGGCUUUAAUUGUUGUAAAUCUCCUGUAGAUGUUACUAUGUUCUUCAUGUUCUGCAGAUGUAGAUGCCACUGGUUCUUCAUGUUCUUUCAGAUGUAGAUUCCAGCACCGCCAUCUGUUGUACAGAGGUUGAACUUACGAAUCUAUGUCCGAACAGGCAACUGGACAUAUGUACAGGUUUGUUCGUGUCUCUGAAAGUUUGUAAGUCAACUGUUCGUAAGUAGAGGAGUCCCUGUACUUGUAUUUAUCCCAGGAUUACGUUGUAAGCAGCAGAGGGCAGUGCAGCAACAAAUCCAUUUUACUGUACUCUCACAUCUAUGAACCCUUCCAUCACCAAGCCAUUCUUCACAUUGUGGUGAAGUAUGGCCGUAACGGUGCGGGGAAGCCCUCAGUAAGCAGUGGAUUGACAAGCACGGCUGCACGUGUACAACAUUAUUUCUUAUCUUGAAUGAGGAUUGUCCAGCGAUCAUCUCUCUGUUGGUGGCCAUGAGCCAGUGAUGAAAUUUCCUUAUUUUCAUGGCAGGGGACCCAGACCCUCUUAGGAAAUCCACAUUGACUUUUCACAAAGUGGUCCUCAUUUUAAUGGCCUCGGAUCAAUGAUUGAUUACAUUAUAAACUCUAAUGUAGAAGCAGAAUGAAUAAUACACACAUAAACUCUCCACGUGCACCAGACAGUGUUUUAUAGUCCGCUGAUGGCAUUUAGAGUUGAACACGUUUUGUUCGCAAUUAAGUGCCAUUCUCUAUCCACUGCUUGGCAAAAGGUACCAGAGACCACUUCCUAGACAUCAUACACAGCUGGACACAAAGACAUAACACCGACACACACAGACCCACAGAUGCACACACACGGACAAUUAAAGACAUACCUAGAGACAGACGCACACAUAUAGAGGCACACUGAUACACUUAAUGGUCUCACGUUGACGCUUGUAAAACACAUUUGCUCUUCUUAUUUGCUUAACGAGUUUGUCUUAGGCGAAUAUUUCGAUACCUGCUUGUGUGGGACUGAACAUUGUAUAUGUUAGUAUUUUAGUAUUCAAAAGGUAAGGCACCACACUGGUGCACGAUCUUGGUUUAGAAUUCAUUGUUUGUGCACUCCGUUAUUUAAUUAUUAUUUGUUUACUUAUUGUCUGAAAGGUGAUUACACCAAAUCUGUGAAACCUGCUAAAAGUGACGCUGAUUGUCAUGUGAAUAUAUUAAUCGUCCACGAUGAUCGAACUACUGCUUGAUGAUGGACUCCCCAAGCCGUAGCCGUCUCUCACAAAUCCCACGGUGUAAUAAUCCACCUAGCACCUGCUACAUGAGCUGGUUUCACAGCUCUAUCUCCGCAGUGGACGUCGCACGCUCCCGCCUCCCUUGGCUGCCGUGCCUUCUUUAGUCCCGAUUCCGUUGGCCAACCGUCCCUUUUGAAGCGACGGGUGCCCUGGCUAAAAAGCGCAUCCCUGCUUAAUCAACCGUGGUGCUGUUCUCAGCUCUGCCGGACCAUUUGGUGGAAAUUCCACAUUUACUAAUGGCUGGUGCCAGGACUCCCAUAGAACGACUGCGGUUGAGUUCUGGCAAAGGCUUGCCUAAAGUCCGCACAGCAGGAUUUCAACUUUAGUAGUCCGUAUCAUUACGCAACUGGUCAUGUGGCAUUUCAACCGGGCACAGUGUCAUAAAAAAAAAACUUGAUUAAUUUGACGAGUUGCUUUAAAUGAGUCUCUUGGAGUAAGCUGUAGCCAAUAUACUUUAGCCAAAGGACUCUUAAAUAAGCUGUAGACUUUGCAAUUUUCUCAAAUUUUUUUUUGCAAUUUGGAAAUCUAAUUGCCAGGACUGGUUUGUAAGUGCUGUGCGUUACUUAUUAAUGAAUGCAUAGAAAGGAAGUCAAUCAAUUGUCUUAAAGGCCACAACAUCCUUCUCCACUCCCUUGUUAAUUGAAGAACGAGCAUCAAUAGGCGUUUGUUUUUAAGUAAGGGUGGUGGUUAGGGGGGGGGGAUGACAUGGUUAUCUCACUUAGGUGCAAUGUGCUAGUAAUAUAAUUUAGUACAUUUGGUAUUCGCGCCAUUCUAACAAGGCUAUUAUGAAGGGAAGUGCUAUGUUGAACGCCUUUGUCUGCGGUAGUUUUUAACAGUAAAAGGGUGAUGUUGCUGUGUAAAUCCGAUUUGAGUAAUACAAAUUAAAUUGGAAACUGGACCAUGGCACACAUGUUUAUACGUACGUGUAUGGUGAACUUCUUUCGCACAGUAUGUAGCCAAUCGUGCUGAUAGGAUGUGUGGCACUGGCCAUCCAUCAUGUGACAGAUUGUUCCCGUUACAAUCAAUCCAGCUGCAGUCAACUAGGGCAGCCUUCUGGAUUGAAACCGCGAACCUCUAGAACAUUUAUCCCAGAGUCUCUUGGACUUUUCGUUAAUUGGCAAUUGCUCUUUGGAGGCAAUUAGUCGACUGGUCGUCGUCCUUUUGAGUGGAUUGGUCCCUGGCAUAGAAAUAUGGAAUUUCCAACCAUUGGCUCGGUGGGGGUGGGGGCACCCCCUCCUUUGUGGCUCUGAGCGGGGAGACGCUUCAACUUGUUUUGCGAAUCGCAUCUCUCAAAUGUAAACUUUAAUGUUAACUAAUUCCACGUGUUAAUUUAUCGACUUGCGUGUGCAAUUUAAAUGGUUCAAGCGAGGAAUCUGAUUCACCGUCUUGUGAUUAUACACACAACAAAAUAAAAACUUUAAAGCAAUUAAAAAAAGUGUACAAAUGUUGUGUAUUGCAGCGGUGGAUGAGUAAGAGGCGUGUAACGCUCGAAUGUGUAACGUCAAUUCUUAUGGCUCGUGAUAUGCGCAUAGGUUUUUUUUAUUUAGCAAUUGUUCAUUUACUAUUCGGACAAAUUUGUACGACAGCAAGUGUGCGACUGGAAUGACAGAUUAUACGAAUGGAACAUUACAGAAUAAAAAUGAGGCAGGUAGAAGUUACACGACAAAUUAUAUAGUUGUAGAAACUUUAGCUGAUGUGUAUUAAGUCUGUCUUGACGCCAUCCGCACACAAAACCAGACACCACGCAAAUUUGAGAAGUGUUGAAACCACAUUAAUGAUUGGGGGAAAAAAAAAAUCGAGGUUUACUCAAAUAACAAAUUUAAGGGACACAUCUUAAAUAACAAACCAUAGGACAGUGUCGUGCGCUCAAGUCCAAACGUAUCGCGACGGCGCCGGAGCAAAACACAACGGGGCAGCAUCGCGCACUCAAUAGACGUUAAAGAUCUCGCCACGGUGCCUACGCCACUUAAUGAUAGGCUAUGGAGCUCAGAGCGAGCGCGAGGGUUUGAGCGUUCUGGCCAACUCCUACCCGGCGAGUAGGGCAGUAGAUGUACACAUGCGGGCAGUAGAUGUACACAUGCGUGCACAUGUCAUCGUGCUGGAUAUGCAAAAUAAAGGCUUGGCAACGUU